GCAACAUUUUGGAUGGCAACCGCCGUAAAACCACAAAGAAGAAGCACUUUUGUCCCAGUGUGCUUGCCCUAGUUUAAUGUUCGACCGCACUUUGCCUUGUCUUAAGGAAGACGUUAUGCAGUCUUCACUCAAAUUCAGCUUAUUCUGCUGCUUUGCAACACAACUAUUUUUCUGUCACUGCUUGCACGUAAUUUGUGUGGAGGGAAAUGCUAAGAAAUACCUCCGACCCUGAAUAGCUUGAUAGCUAACUGCUAACUAAUUCAGCUGUCAAUGACACUUGGGCAGUGAAACACGGUUCAGCGUGCACAAAAUGAACAAACUGUGAGUGGCUAUUGAUUCUCCGUUAGCUAUUUAUUCACUACUGCGCUCUGUGAAACGUACAACGCACUCUGCUAUUGAAUAUUUACACCAUAAGAAGCACAAGGCGUGUGUAACGUUAUCUCUGAUGAGGGUAAUGGGGCUGCUGUCUAACUUUACUGUAGCUGUGCUCCUCCUCGCCUCUGCUUUGACAGUAUGUUUGUACAUCGACCACUUGUUCAUGAACCAUGAAAACAGACUUGUUAGAUCAGUCUAUGCUAAGCAACACAAAACUACAGCACACGAAAGACUUGUUAAUAAUAAUCCAGCAAAACCACAGAACAAUUCAGUGGAGACCAAAGGAGGCCACCCAGAAAGCUCCCAUGAGACUGACAUUUCCAGAGACAGUAAAUGUAUCAUGGCCCCAGACAGUCGGUUUGACUGUGGCAGGGACAGGGUUCUCAGCCAGACAGAGUGUGAAGAGAGGGGAUGCUGCUACGUCCCUCUGCCUGACUCUGCAGGACCACCUUGGUGCUUCUACCCCAGUUUGUACCCUGGCUAUAAAAUGGGUCCCUUCACACCCACCACGCGAGGCCAGGCUGCCACCCUGACUCGUGCCACCCCCUCCUAUCUCCCCAGAGAUAUCUCUAUGCUACACAUAGAAGUCAUAGAAGAGACUGCAGGCUGCUUACACCUCACUUUAAAGGACCCAACAUUUCAGCGGUAUGAAGUUGAGCUCCCAGCUGGUGUUCAUCAGAGCAGAGCUGAUACCCAAGAUGCCUUCUACACCACCGAAUACCGGUCUGACCCGUUUGGCUUCAUAGUGCGGCGAAAAUCCAAUGGCAGGGUGAUUAUGAAUACCACCGUUGCUCCUCUGCUGUUUGCUGACCAGUACCUGCAGCUAUCCACCACACUGGCCUCUUCCCUUGUGUCUGGGCUUGGGGAGCAUUACACCUCCCUCCUUCUGGACCUUAACUGGACAACACUGACUCUCUGGAACAGAGACAUGGCGCCUCAUGCUGAUGCUAACCUCUAUGGCUCCCACCCAUUCUACAUAAUACAGGAGGAGGAUGGCUUGGCACACGGAGUUUUCCUUCUCAACAGCAAUGCAAUCGAGGUGAUGUUGCAACCGACCCCCGCUCUCACCUGGGUGGCUAUCGGUGGAAUCCUGGACCUGUACGUUUUCUUAGGUCCUGACCCUCAAAGUGUUACACGACAGUACCUCCAGGUCAUUGGCUAUCCUAUGAUGCCUCCCUAUUGGUCACUGGGCUUUCAUCUGUGUCGCUGGGGUUACACAACCUCAAAUACAACCCGGCAUGUGGCACAAUGCAUGCACAAUGCAAAAUUUCCCAUGGAUGUGCAGUGGAAUGAUCUGGACUAUGCAAAUAAGCGCAGGGUAUUCACCUUUGACCCCUGGCGAUUCGGGGACCUCCCAGUUCUGGUGGAGGAGUUCCAUAAGACAGGCAUGAAGUACAUCCUUAUCCUGGACCCAGGGAUUAGCAGCACCAGCCCUCCUGGAACUUACUCUCCCUUUGAUGAUGGACUGAAACGAGAUGUCUUCAUUAAAAAUGCUACAGGACACAUCCUGAUAGGGCAGGUUUGGCCCGGCCCAACAGCCUUCCCCGACUUCACCAACCCAGAGACCAGACGCUGGUGGGAGGACUGCAUCAGAGAUUUUCAUUCUAAAGUUCCUGUGGAUGGUCUGUGGAUUGAUAUGAAUGAACCAGCCAGUUUUGUGCAGGGCUCAGUGGAGGGCUGUCCUGACAGUGAUCUUGAGAACCCGCCUUACACACCCAGGGUGGUUGGAGGCCAGCUGAACUCAGGAACUCUUUGUAUGUCAGCUCAGCAGAAGCUGUCCACUCACUACAACCUGCACAACAUGUACGGACUGACAGAAGCCUAUGCGACACACAGCGCUCUUAUGAAGGUGCGAGGAAAGAGACCCUUCGUCCUCUCUCGCUCCUCCUACCCUGGCAUCGGCCGAUUCUCUGGAGUUUGGACAGGAGACGUCAGGAGCACCUGGGAGCAGCUACGAUACUCCAUCCCUGCGGUACUGCAGUUCAGCCUGUUCGGGGUGCCCCUUGUGGGGGCGGACAUCUGUGGCUUUGGAGGCAACACCACCGAGGAGUUGUGUGUGCGAUGGAUGCAGCUCGGGGCCUUCUACCCAUUUAUGAGAAACCACAAUGACAAGCCGAAUGCUCCUCAGGAGCCCUAUAUCUUUGGGCAGAAGGCCCAGGCAGCCAUGCGGAGUGCACUGAACCUUCGUUACUCCCUUCUCCCGUUCCUCUACACACUCUUCCAUCAUGCACACACUUCAGCUGACACUGUGGCCAGGCCUCUCUUCAUGGAGUUUCCCACUGACCCUAACUCACAGUCCAUAGACCGACAGUUCCUGUGGGGGAGUUCACUUCUUAUUAGCCCAGUCUUAGAGCAAGGGGCAGUAGAGCUGGCCGCUUACCUGCCCCCUGGCACUUGGUAUAGCCUGCAUAAUGGUCAGCCUUUCUACAGUAAGGGUCAGUACCUGCUCCUGCCAGCCCCUCUGGACACCAUCAACGUACACGUGCGAGAGGGACACAUUAUCCCCCGGCAGGAGCCCGCUUUGACAACCACAGCCUCACGCAGAAACCCUUUGUUCUUGACGGUGGCACUGUCAGCAGGAGGCUGGGCCCGGGGCCACUUGUUCUGGGAUGACGGGGACAGUCUUGACACCUUUGAAAUGGGAAAUUACUGUUACAUUAUCUUCAUUGCUGGACAGUCUCAGGUGGUGAGUGAUCCUCUCAGGCUGAAUGGGGCCCUGGACGGUCUGGUACUGGGAGGGCUGCAAGUGUUCGGGGUGCCGUCACCACCUCUAUAUGUAUUAGCCAAUGGGGACAAAGUCAGGGAUUUCACGUACCGCACUGACACCAAGGUUUUGACAGUGACCAGCCUGGCCUUGCCCAUGUCAGAGGUGUUUACAGUGCAGUGGGCUUUCUGAUGCACUGAACACUGAAUCCCAGAAACCCUUGCAUUUUUCACUGCUGCCAAAAACACCAGCUGAUUUCCUUGAGCCGUCCCAACAAUCCUUCGUGAUGCACCUCACGCUUGCUCUGCCCUUUUUGUCGAAAUUGGAAAUUAGUACCUUAUAAGGAGCAGGUUUUUUAAAAUGUGAUGAGAUUGUUUGAUCUCAUCCCAUUUUAAAAAUCAUUUUGAUGUGUCAGGUUUUCUUGCUAAUUGUUGCUGCUAACUGCUACACUGAAUCAAGACACCUGUUUAUAUUUCUUUGUAUUUUUUAAACAUGUUUAUAUAUUUGUUACUGAAGAGCAUUACAAAUAAAAAUGAGACUGAU